UUCAUUGAGUAACAAAAUGGCGGCGGCGGCUAAGGAUCGUGAUCCUACAAAGAUUGGAUGCUUUUCAUUAGAUAUUGAUGGUAACUUUCAUGAUGAUGACAGCAAGAAGAAAACAUUCAACAAACCUCCAAAUUAUACUCCUGAUGUUUCUGUUACUGUAAAAUUUGACUUGAAUAAGGGGAGAAUGGCGGAGAGAAGAGAUGAACAAAAGCACGAAAAGCUCGACAAUCUUCUGGAUUGGAUAAGCGGCCAUAAGCAAGAAAUUAUUAAAGAUGGAAAUACGCAAACCGACUUUGUAUGCAGAAGGAGUUUGUUAAAAGAGGUAAUGUCUUUCCCGUUUGAGGAAAAUAAGAAGUUGAGGCUCGACGUGACUCUUCACAAAGGCAUUUUCUACCUUAACAAAGGUAAAUACCCAACCGAAAACCUGGAACAACAGGACACACAACAGCAGCCACAGAUGGGUAGGAUAGAAGGAGAUUGGGGCUACAAGUUUGAGCAGUAUCUCACCGAAGAAUCAACAAAUUCCGUGCCAGACAUGGUCUAUAACAGCCGUGAAUCCUUUUAUAAUGUCAUGAAAGUCAAGCUCGGCUCCCACACAAUAGUGUACUCUUCUAGGGUCGAUGCUGUAAGUGCGGAUGAAUCUGGGGAGCAUAGCGUUGAGUUUAAAACCGUCAAAGAAUCCAAACCGGGCACAAAACCCUUUAAUAAGUAUAACAGGUACAAGCUCCGGGAUAUGUGGAUACAGAGUGUUCUAGGUGGUGUUCCCGAGAUUAUUUGCGGGCUUCGUAGCGUGGAAGGAAAAACUGAUACUGGAAUUGUAAUUAAGCUGAAGACAUACAAAACUGAAAAAAUACCAACGAUGAAAGAUAUCCCUGGUUUAUGGAAGCCCGAUAAGUGUUGGAAGUCCCUGGACAAGCUCCUUACCUUCAUCAAAUCUAAUGUGAAGGAAAAUAAUCCAAGUCUCGGUCUCGAGAUGCAAGGCGAUGAUUACACCAUUCGUCCACCGCACGAGUUCCUGCCUGAAACGUACACUACAGACCAGCCUGGAUUAUGAGGGAUUUGCAUUUGAUCCAGAUGAAACCGAUUUAAUGCAACGCCGUUGAUUUUGAUCAGUGCAGCUGCAAAAUUGAAACUUCUUAGACUUAGUUAAGACUUUAUAAAAAGUAUAUUGUUAUUAGAAUUAUUUAGUUUUGACUGUUCCUUGUUGCACUGUUGCUAUGAUGCACACCCCUUGUUGCACUGUUCAUGUAUUUUUAGCCCAAUGUCACACGUUCCUAGUUCGAUCAACUUAUAAAAGUAUUAUGUUAAUGCUUAAAAAUAUGACAAAGCCAAACACCAAUAUUUUUUCAAAGCAGUUUAUAUAAUAUUCACUAAUAAUUAAUCCCUUAAAAUUAGAUAAAUCCUCCAUCCAUCCAUUUUUGUAUGCUCACUAUCAAAGAAGCAAUCAAAUCAUGGUCCAAAGUUUUACAGAAAUUCAUUACUUCCUUCAUCAUGGCAUCAAUGCUAGUCAUGUGUUUUCUGUUUAUAAUCAUGUUUUAUUUAUUCCCAAAAUAUCUCUUUAGGAUUCUAGCUUGGCCAUAACAUUUAUGCCAGCCUUCCUUCCGUUAACCAUCAUUGUUAGAACAUGUCAGGUUCAACAGUUCAGUGGUCAAGGUUACACAGUACCAAAUCUCUCAGGACCAAAUCAAAACCCAAACAUUAAGGUCAGGAAUACGUUAAAGACACCAGUAAAGAGGGGAAGUCUCAUCAUUGGUCCAAUGUUCAUGCCAGUGACAUACAGCUAAAAAGAGCUUCCGUCAGAGAAUAUCACAUGUUCCAAACUACUAGUAUCUGUGCACAAAAUGCCAGUCCAAUUUCUACUGUAUCUGUUUUUAUUUCACGCUGGACGAUGGAGCUCCUUUCUCUGUUUCGCUGAAAACACAGGCCCCUGUUUAUUAUUUCACCUUUCAUACUGCGUGUACUCCUUCUGUUGUUAAAGGUUACUAAACUUUAAACAUUGUCAAGUCAGCAACAGUCUAGAUUUUCUAAGGCUUUAUUUCCUUGUCCAAUAUUUCUUUCAGGAUAUGGAAAGACUGUUGUUAUAGAAGUUGUGCGUGCUAGAAAUUAUUCCAUUAUUCAUUUUUAGUUUAUAAAAAUACAACUUUUUUCUAAGUUGAGCUCAUUUUGAAACCUAGCGCUAAAUAGUGUCCCCUACAGUGAAACACAGAAUGAGAUCACUCUAAGUGAAUAUUGAAGAGUUACCUUCCCUGGCAUUAAUUGAUAUUCGAUUUGGCUGGGAUGCUUGAUAGACGUGUUGACUUAAGUUGAUGAUAUUUUUUUUGUCCAACUAUAUGCUUCCCUUUAUUUUCAUUGGCGUAUUUCCGACUUUAUUUAUAUAUUAAAUGGACAUAAUGUUAACUGCCACAAGUGAUGUAAGAUUUAAUCAUCACAUACAACAACAUAAUUACGGUGGAUGUCUACUCCGAAAAGUGGUAUAUAUUCUAGGAAAUUCAAUCGGCUAAACUUUUGGAACUGUUAUGUGAAACACGCCAUAAUUGUGUUAUUUGUUUGUUUGAAUUUGUUAGAGUUAUACAUUGUAACAGUGUGUUUUUUGUUUUUGUUUUUGUUUUAAUGUGCAUGCUUUUGAUGUGAUGUGGUAUAUUUAUGCAAAUAGAUUAGCUUAAUAAACUGAUUCCUUUUA